GCCUACAGCUGGCUUUUAAAGCAAAUAUUUUAAUAAAAAACACUUUCAGUCAUUACUCUUCCAUUUAAGACUGCAGAAGUUCGGGACUGGGUAAGAGGAGCAGAAGUUUGCCCAGCAGAAGUUGCUCUGAAUCAGAGCUCUACACCCACCAUGUUGCCCUGUGGACCAGCUUUGUCCUUUGUUCGGUGUCUGGUGAGGAAGAAGAAUGUCAGCAGUGAAAGUUCUGAGGACUCCAAGCUGUGCCGAUGCUUAUCGACGUUGGACCUUAUAGCCCUGGGAGUAGGAAGUACCCUUGGUGCUGGUGUUUAUGUCCUUGCUGGAGAAGUAGCCAAAUCCGAUUCUGGACCUAGCAUCGUUGUUUCUUUCCUCAUUGCUGCACUGGCAUCUGUGAUGGCAGGUCUCUGCUACGCCGAGUUUGGUGCUCGUGUUCCCAAGACUGGUUCUGCAUAUUUGUAUACUUAUGUAACUGUUGGUGAACUGUGGGCUUUUAUCACUGGUUGGAACCUCAUUUUAUCCUAUAUUAUAGGUACAUCAAGUGUAGCAAGAGCCUGGAGUGGCACCUUUGAUGAACUUCUUGGAAAACAGAUUGGUCAUUUCUUCAGAACCUACUUCAAAAUGAAUUACUCUGGGCUAGCAGAGUAUCCUGACUUCUUUGCUGUAUUCCUUAUAUUACUUUUAUCAGGUCUUUUAUCUUUUGGAGUAAAAGAAUCUGCAUGGGUGAAUAAAAUUUUCACUGCUAUUAACAUCUUGGUCCUACUCUUCGUUAUGAUUUCUGGUUUUGUGAAAGGAGAUACUGACAACUGGAAAAUAAGCGAAGAACAUCUCAUAAACCUUACUGCAUUAACAGAGAAUUGGUCAUCCUGGGAGAACGUGACAAGUAUAUAUGGGAGUGGAGGCUUUAUGCCAUAUGGCUUCACAGGAACAUUGGCUGGUGCUGCAACCUGUUUUUAUGCUUUUGUAGGAUUUGACUGCAUUGCAACAACUGGAGAAGAGGUCAAGAAUCCUCAGAAAGCCAUACCCAUAGGAAUUGUGGUAUCCUUGCUUGUCUGCUUCAUGGCCUAUUUUGGGGUUUCAGCUGCACUGACACUUAUGAUGCCAUACUAUCUACUAGAUGAGAAAAGUCCUCUGCCAGUAGCAUUUGAAUUUGUUGGAUGGGGUCCUGCAAAAUAUGUUGUAGCAGUAGGAUCCCUCUGUGCUUUGUCUACAAGUCUUCUUGGAUCCAUUUUCCCAAUGCCACGUGUAAUCUAUGCUAUGGCGAAGGAUGGGUUGCUUUUCAAAUGUCUAGCUCAAAUCAGUUCCAAAACGAAGACCCCACUAGUUGCUACUCUAUCGUCUGGUGCAGUAGCAGCUAUCAUGGCAUUUCUGUUUGACCUAAAGGCUUUAGUGGAUAUGAUGUCUAUUGGUACACUUCUUGCUUAUUCACUUGUGGCAACCUGUGUCCUCAUUCUUAGGUACCAACCCAGUUUAACCUAUGAGCCACCAAAAUAUUCUCCAGAAAAAGCAGCUUUGGCUGCAUCUGAAAGGGAAUCUGCAGUAAGUGAAUCACAGAUAAAUAUGAUACAAGAGAAUCACUUCAGUCUUCAGGCCCUGAUGAAUCCAUCCAGUUUACCUACUAAGCAGACUGCAACUAUUGUUAACUUUUUAGUGGGACUCUUAGCUUGCUUGGUUUGUGGCUUGAGUGUCCUCGCUACCUACGGGAUUCAUUGCAUUGCUAACUUGGAGCUCUGGAGUAUUGUCAUUCUUGUUGUGUUGGUGGUGUCCUUCAUAGUUACCAUUCUCCUCAUCCAAAGGCAGCCUCAGAGCCAGCAGAAAGUGGCCUUUAUGGUUCCACUAUUGCCAUUUUUGCCAUCAUUCAGUAUCCUUGUAAAUAUUUACUUGAUGGUACAAUUAAGUGGAGACACUUGGAUCAGAUUUAGCUUCUGGAUGGCACUUGGCUUCCUCAUUUACUUUGCUUAUGGCAUCAGGCACAGUCUCGAAGGUCAUCGUAGCGACGGAGAUAACGACUCUUGUUCAGAGAAUAGUGGGUUGCAAGAAAAGAACCCUGUGGAAGAAGCAGAUGAACCUGAAAAUUCAAAUGAACAUGAUCAAUUUCUUGCACAUGAGAGGACAAGUGAAUGUUAAUCUGUUAAUCUGUGCAAACAUACAAGUAUUUUAAACCUUUAACUGACAUUUUACUUGCAGACUGAAAUUUCAAAUCUUUCUGCCAACAUUGUCCCUCUUGAAAGUGUUUACUACAAGGCCUGGAUGAUAUUUUGGACAAGCUGCUAAUCCAUCUUCAUCAUUUCAGAACUGACAGUAUGGAGAUUAAUAUUUAAAUUGAAAAAACAAACAAGAGAAGUACCCUUUGGCAAGCAAAAAUUUGGGUGCAUUGUUUGAACUGUCAUCCCAAAUCACUGGUAAUCACAAAAUAUGAAGAAUUUUAGAGCUGCCUGCAAGAAGUUCUGAAUAUUUGACACUGCAUUGUGAACACAAGUGCCUCCCGUAGCUUCUCCUUAUCUCUGUGACAUGUUUUGGUCUCAAUCUAAUAGCUCUCUUCUUUCUACAGAAGUAAAUGCCAUGGGAGAUAAAUUGCAGACAGACCUGGAAAGUAUUUCCAGAAUGAAUGGUAAAUGUACAGAUCUGAUACUUUGCAAAAAGUAGAGGAACAUGUAUUUAUGUAAAAAGAAAAAAUUGUUUACCUUUGUUAAUCAGUAGUCAUGGCGACCUCAAACAGUAAAGAUACUUCAGAGGGUUUUAGUCCUUCUAAAUAGUAUUCAAGAUUUCUAUUUAUGUGAAUUCCUUUAUUUUCAGAGCUGCUGUGUGUAGAAAAUGUUCCCAAGAGCAGCUAUGUUGUUUUCUGCAAAAGCAUCUGGGAAAUAAUCUGUUCACGGUAAUGACAGUGACAUUCAUACGCAAUUUAGCAUGUAUUUUGCUUUUGAUUUCAGAAGGUACAGGAUUUUAUUCCUGACUACAUAAUUUGGUACCUACAUACAGCAGUCAUCAAGUUUUCCUCCUUACUACUCACUUAUUCCCCCUAUAUGUUCUUCUCCUUUAUCAUGUGCCAAAGCUGAUAUUUCUGAGAUUAGUUGUUACACAUUGCUUCUCCUCAGAAAAAUUAAUGCAUAAAAUCUCAGCUUCCUUUUAAGAUGGAUAGGGAAGUUAAAAAAAAAAAAAAAAAAAAAAAAAAAAAAGAGGCCCAGGCUUUGGAAAAAAUAUUAAUCAAAACAGUAUUUCAGUGCUUCACUAAGCCUUAAGCAUGUGAGCACAGCAGUUUUGCAGUUUUUUGUGAGCCAAGCCUCCACCCACAAAUCCAUUCACACGGGUAGGAUGUCCAAAUACUAAUUUAUGUAAAGAACCAAAUUAUUGUAGCAAUGCUGGGUGAACAAUUAUUUUAAGGCUGGUGAAAACGGAAACUGUUAUUUCAGCAUAAAACUCAUGUUACCUAGUCACCCAGAUAUUUUAGCACUUUUUCUCAUCAAGUAGUAGGCUCAAGUCCUGUGAAGUAUUCCACAAUAUGAAGUUAUGUUGCAAGAAUGUAUUUAUAAAAAUAACUUGCCUAAAGUAAGAACUGUCUUGGACUUUGUCACGGAGAGUUGCAAUCUGUUGCCAGUACAAAUCAUUGGUAUUGAUCUCUGUUGUUAGGUAUAAAAACUUUAGAUCCUGUAAGAGCUAUGUUCGUUGACAGUGAAAAGCACCUUACUUUUUAUAAUAGCUGGAAUUUCACGCACACAGAGAAAAAAAAAAAAAAAGAGAGAGAAAAAAAAAAGAAAAAUAAACUAGUUAAGCUG